AUGAAUGAUACCUUACUUUCUCGUGUUUUAUCUAGUAUUCAAUACAAUCAAUUUCUUGCUGGUCUUAGUGGUGGUGUUGUUUCAUCAUUAAUUCUGCAUCCAUUCGAUUUAGUUAAAGUUCGUUUUCAAGUCACAGAAACCAAAUUUGUUGUUCCAAAUUCAUCAUUACCAUACCGGCCGCAUUAUACAAGCCUAUUCGAUGCCUUCCGUACGAUCUAUCGUGAGAAAGGACUCAUGCAUGGUUUAUAUCAAGGUGUAGCGCCAAACGUUCUUGGAAAUGGCAUAUCUUGGGGUCUUUAUCUAUUUCUUUACAAUACCGUUGAUAUUCUUAACAACAAAGAAAGACAAAACGUCACAUUAAAGGAUCGUCUCGUCUAUUCGACUGUAGCUGGUGUAACAACAAUAAGCAUAACGAAUCCAAUAUGGGUACUUAAAACACGAAUGUGUUUACAAUACGCUGAUUAUCGAAAAGACACGUACUACAAAAACAUGUUUGAUUGUAUUCGGAAAAUCUAUCGAUCAGAAGGUAUCAAAGCAUUCUACAAAGGUCUUACACCUGGCAUAUUUGGCACAAUUCAUGGUACAAUUCAAUUUGUUACCUAUGAACAAAUGAAAGAUUUCUACAGUAGAAAUUUUCACACGACUCACCUCUCAACUUCGAUUAUUUUAACAUUCUCCGCCACAUCGAAGUUACUGGCAGCGAGCAUAACCUAUCCUUAUCAAGUUGUUCGGACGCGUUUACAAGAUCAACAUCAACAAUACAACGGGGUAGUUGAUGUAAUUAGACGCACAUAUUCUCGAGAAGGCAUCGGUGGGUUUUAUAAAGGCUUGGUACCAGCACUCUAUCGGAUUGUUUUAUAG